UUACAGACAUGAGCCACCAUGCCUCGCAAGCAGACUAUUUUAAAAGGAAAAAGUUUGUUGUUGUUGAUGGUGCAAUGACUGAGUCACAUCACAGUGUGGUUUUCCUUUUUCUCAAAGCCACCAGGACUCAAUCAAAGGGCUUCUACCCUAAUGACUUCAUCUAAUUACUUCCCAAAGGCCUCACCUCUAAAUUCCACAGCCAGAUUAAAUUCCACUCUCUUAAUAUCAUUAACAUAAUUUUCAAGAUUGAACUACCACCUGAGUUCAGGGGGACAAACCAUGUAUUCAAACCACAGUGGGCCAGGAUGUAGCACAGCAGUACAGGUCUUAGCAUUCUUGAGGCCCUGGGCAUUAACCCUAACACCACACACACACACAUACACAAAAAAAACCACGGCAAGGAUGGGGUCGGGGAACUAUGGAGACCAACAGGGUUGGAGCAGCAAGCAAACUUGGUGGAUGCAGGAUCUGGGCCACAGCUCAGAGUGGGACUAGAACCUAACUCUGGGGCCAGGCAGCAAAUGGGGUGGCAAGGCUGAGCGAGUCCUUCCCUCCUCUUCAAUCCUUGGGAGCUUGCCUGUCCCUCCACACCAUUAUGGGAUGUUUUGCUGCAUAAUUUUGAGAGCAUCUGCGAUCUCACCUCUUAUAGAGUAUGAAGGGUAUGAGAGUUUCGCUUCAGAACAGAGUAUGGCUCACUGACCAUGAAAGCUUGAGCAGAACAAUCCUUUUCUGCCUCAGACUCACAAGACUGACGCUACCAGCCCCAGCCUUCUCAGGGGCCUCUGGGAACAAGGGGGAUGAUGGGUGUGAAGCUCCACACAUGUGAGGUGGACAGGGCACAGCUGGUGAGCACUGGUCCUGAAAAAGCCAGCUGCUCUCUGGGCCACACCUGGAGAGGCACGAGGACGCUCCCAGGGUGGCUAUGGAGAAUACACUGUCCUCUCCCUUAGUUCUUCCCCAGCCGUGAUAGAGCCAACUUGGAACCUGGAGUCCAGGUUCCCCACCAAGGAAGCCUCCCGGCUGUGCAUCUGAAUCCUCCUCUCAUCCCCAAACUUGCUACAGGCUUAGCUCAUACCCCCGAGCUUGAUCUCUGUCAGUGAAUGUGCCCACACUAGCUCUGUGCAACUGUGGGAUGCGGAACCACACUGUCCCAUCACCAACACCCCCACCCCCACCACUCUGCACCUUCUGCCUAGCCCCCACAAUUCCAAGCACCCCCAGCCAGCCGUCAAACACUCCUGUUUUUUCUGGAAUUGGCCUGGGUUCUAGAGCCUCGCCCCUCCAGUGACCUCUCAGUUCUGGAAUCCUGCUGUUGUUCCAGAUGGGGCGAUGUGGAAGCAGGGGGUUCUGCUGCUGCUCUGGCCAGUCUCCCCCUUACUCCAGGGCUUGGGUCUGACCAGAGGCCCUCACCGCGCUCAGGAUGCGGUGGCGGGACCGUGUGGCCGUGCUCUUCUUCCCGGAAGGCAUGAUGCUCACUGUGGCCGCCCUCCUGCUUUUCUGCAUACACCUGGGCAUCUUUGCCAGGGACCUGUACAACUUCUACAUCACCUACCACUACGACUGCAUGAGCUUUAACUACACACCUAUCCUGAUGUUCUCCCAGGUGAUGAGCGUCUGCUGGGCUGCCAUGGGGUCGGUCUACGCCGAGAUGACAGACGACAAAUACUUCCAGUGCUCUGCCCUAACCAUCCUGAUACUCAAUGGGAUCAUGUUCUUCAACCGCUUGUCUCUGGAGUUUCUGACCAUUGAGCACCGAGAGGAAAGCCACUGAAGCCGGGGGAUGGGCCAA